GCGUCGUGCGAUGAGACCGUCCCCUGUAUACGGAACAUUUAAUCUCAGUUGCAACUCGAACUGCGGAAGGUUUGGCUCGUGAAGACAAGAAAUUCAGUGUUAUCUUAGGAUAAGAUAUAGGACAUUAAAUACCACGAAUACCGUGUCUGCACAGCCGUAGACCGUAAUUUAGCACAGCUAAUGGAGAAGCAAUUGCAUUUGAAUUUGCUAUCAUCCAGACCUCCAAUGCCAGGAGGUGUGCAGUCUGGUUCUAAAAUGAGAAUGGGACCUGGCAGAAAGCGGGACUUUUCACCCUUGCCAUGGAGCCAGUACUUUGAAACAAUGGAAGACGUUGAAGUGAAAAAUGACAACAGCAAGGACACAUUCAGAAUUUACAGCAGUGGAUCCGACGGACCUGUUCUUCUCCUCUUACAUGGAGGUGGUCACUCUGCUCUGUCAUGGGCAGUUUUCACCGCAGUGAUCUGCAGCCGGAUAAACUGCAGGGUGGUGGCGCUGGACCUCAGGGGACACGGUGACACAAAAGUUAAGAAUUGUGAAGACCUUUCAGCAGAGACAAUGGCCACGGAUGUUGGGAAGGUGGUUGAAGCUCUUUACGGUGAAAAUGCUCCGCCAAUUGUGAUGAUUGGCCACAGCAUGGGCGGGGCAAUAGCAGUCCACGCUGCCGCAGCCAAUCACGUGCCAUCUUUGCUGGGACUUGGUGUGAUUGAUGUGGUGGAAGGGACUGCAAUGGACGCUUUGAACAGCAUGCAGAAUUUCUUGCGGAGUCGACCGAAAACCUUCAAGUCAGUGGAGAAUGCUAUAGAGUGGAGUGUCAAAAGUGGACAGAUCAGAAACGUUGAGUCCGCGCGUGUCUCCAUGGUUGGCCAGGUGAAAAAGUGUGAGGAACCUUUGAGCAGCCCUGGAAUAUCAAAGUGCAUUGGGGAAGGGAUCAUUGAGGAAGAGGAGGAGGAGGAGGAAGAAGAGGGGGAGUCCAAUCACAAAAGAAAAAAAGAGGAUGAUGUCGAGGUUAAAAAGGAGAGCCUGUUCACCUGGAGGAUCGAGCUGGCCAAGACGGAGAAGUACUGGGACGGCUGGUUCAGGGGGCUCUCGGCCCUGUUCCUCAGCUGCUCCGUCCCCAAACUGCUCCUGCUGGCAGGUGUUGACAGACUGGAUAAAGAGCUCACAAUUGGACAGAUGCAAGGGAAGUUCCAGAUGCAGGUCCUCCCGCAGUGUGGCCACGCAGUGCACGAAGACGCGCCGGAAAAAGUAGCAGAGGCCAUCGCCACCUUCAUGGUCCGUCACAAGUUCACAGAAGCGAAAGAGGGCUUCCAGUGCGUCUUCCCAGCUUGCUAAUAGGCCCCCGAGCUCCCUGUGUGUAAAUAAGCAGUACCAGACGCCACUGUGACGUCCCGUCGCCCUGUCUCCAUCUCGCGGAAGAGCUCGGACCCUGGGGCUGCCGUCGCACGCCUCUUUGCCUGACGGAUGGACAUUGCUGACAACUCGGUUACAAGACAUGCUUUGCUCUUCAAUUCUUCAACUUAGAGGAUUUUGGUUUUUCUUUUUCUUUUCUUUUUUGUUAGUGUUGUUAUUAUUACGCAUAAUAACAUUAUUGUUGGUGUUGUGACGAGAGACCUUUGCGAUGCCGUUACCUUGCGGAAGGUUUUGCCUUUUUGAGUUUUUCUUUUUUUCCCCCAGCUUUUUUCACACAGCUCUCCUUUUUCGCAGUUUUAUUUUGCGGUUUUUCUUGUGACGCCUUGCCCGUUUCCGAUUGGUUCUGAGCGACAGCAGUGUGCCGUGCCCGACGUGUCUCUCGUGGUUGGCUUUUAAGAAUGACGAUGAAAAAUAAACAUGAAAUCAGCCGUGUAAAAAUGCAGUCAUCCGCUUACAGCCUGCCUCUGAGCCACCGGUGUCUUCAGUGUUUGUUGCUGUAGUAUUAUGGGUAGUGAAGUCUUUUGCAGUUGCAGACGUGUCACCAGCAGAGGGCAGCAGUGCUCUUUACUGACGGUUUUCCUUUGAUUAUGGGUUACUGCGCGAGAAAUUUCAUAAAGUGCGGUGAAUUUUAUUUCACUGUAUAAGUUUUUUUUAAUUUUAUUUCUUUAUGUUGAUUAUGAGAGUUUAUUGAUUUAUUGGCCAAUGACCAUCCCCUUGAUGCUUUUGAAUGACAAAUAUAAUUAUGGUUAUUAAAAAUAAUUUAACCCUGAA